CGGAUCCUAUAGCGAAAUACGUGCAAUAUAUAUUGCGAGUUUUGCAAAGAGAAUUUACGUGUAAUUGUGGACGAAAACACGAAAUGAAAUCAAAAUGGGUGAUCAAUCACAUUGGUUAUUUUCACCGGAUUCGGUAAUGAAUUCGGAUCCACAUCUAAAUUCUGUGAAAAAAGAGGAGGAUGAAGAUGCUUUUCUUGAUGACCUUGAUCUGCAAGAUGAGGACAUGAGUUUCUCUGACUUAUCAUUCAACAUGAACAUGACGGAGUACUCGGACGUCUCGGAAGAGCGCCUCCUAGGGAUGAGUGAGGAAGAGUUGACCGGCAUGUUCGGAAAUCAAGAUAUGCCGCAGCUAGUCCAACCACAAGCGCAACAAACCCUGCAACUCAAGGUACUACAGCAACAACAACAGCAGCAGGCGCAACAGUUACUGCAAGCGCAACAACAGCAGCAGCUCUUGCAACAGCAGCAGCAGCAGCAGCAACAGACUCUGCAGCAAGUACCCGAUUUGCACAUUGUUCAGCAGGAGCAACCGCAACAGGUUAUUGUGGCACCCAAGUCAAUGGAAACAGUCAACACUGGUAGUGUGAAUGUGUCUUCCGAGCUGACCAAUCUGGUUGCCUUACUUCUCAACAACCAACAACAACAACAACAACAGACUACUGUCAACACUGUUGCGACUCCGGCUCCAGCCCAAGUUUCGGUCCCUCAGCUGGUCAGUGCACCAGUCACAGUGGCCUCAGCGGCCACCACUGUCCGGCCAGCUACGGCCAGUGAGGUCAUUCAACAGCUGGUCCAGAAGGAACAACAGAAACAGAUGCAGAACAAGACCAUUGCUCAGCUGGCACUCAUCUUACAGUUGCAGCAACAACAGCAGCAGCAGCAGCAGCAGGUUCAGCAGCAGCCUCUGUUGAUGUCAACUCUUCAGGCCACAGCACAACCACAGAUCACAACCCAACUGCAACCACAGAAGGUCACAACUGUGCAACAGCAGCAACAACCUGUGCAGCAGAAGGUCAUUCCACUGUCAGUUCAGAAGACUUCUCUCCCACGUGUCCAGGUCAUCAAGCAAGAGACUUCUAAACCAGUUGUCACUACAGUCCCACAGCUGGUGAUCCAGUCUUCUCAAAAUGGCAACGUGGCAAUCGUUGGAUCCACCAUGGCAACCGUCUCCAGUCCCAUGGUGAAAUCCCCUGUGUCUACUACCACCACCUCCUCCAUGUCCAAGAUAGCUAUACCACCCCUCUCCUCUUCUCCCAACGGGGUCGGCAUGCACAUGGGCAAGAAGCCAGAGAAACGCAAAUCCCACAAUGCCAUUGAGCAACGCUACCGGAAGAGCAUCAACGGCAGGAUCGAAGACCUCAAGAUCAUGCUCUUCAAAGAGAACAAAAAGGUAUCUAAGUCUCAUACACUGCAGAAGUGCAUAGAUCAUCUGGUUGGUCUGAGGAAGAUGUGUCAAACUCUCAAGCAGGAGAACCUCGGUCUUAAAGCUGAGCUCGACAAGUACAAAGGAACUACAACAGUACCUGAUGUGAAAGACCCUAUGACACCGCCCUCUUCCUUCACCGGCUCCCCUGACCGCUGCUACGAACUAGGCAGUGAGCCAGACUCUCCAUACUCCGGUCCUGAUUCCUGCCCAGACUCUCCCCUGGACGACGACAUGGAGAUGUCAGCACCACCCAGCCCAGUCCGGACCAAUGCUGGUCUAUCCGGGGGUCUACUUGAUAGGACCAGACUGGUCCUGUGUGUCUUCAUGUUCUCUAUCCUGGCCUUCAAUCCGUUUGGGUUCCUCAUCAAUAAGGGCUUUGAGAGCUUUAUGGUGGGCUCAGGGACUGGAUUCAGCGGUGACUCGGAGACCAUGAGUGCUGGAGGCAGGAAGCUCAUGGGAGAAGUAGGAGGAGAAGGAGGCAUGGAGACGACGGUCCUUUCACUGAUUUGGCAGGUCAUACCAACCCUCCUUGUCUGGUUGAUGAAUGGAACCAUCAUAGCUACGGUCCUGGUGACGAUGCUGUAUGGAGACAAGACAGGAAAGAGUUCCGCCAUCAAUGUGACGGCCUACUGGCGUUACAGGACUCAGGCUGAGCAGGAGAUCAUGAAGGGUAACAUUGCUCAGGCCCUCAAUCAGCUGUUCCAUUGCUUCGCUGCUCUCGGUCGCAACCAUCCUCUGGGUAACCUGGAAUACUAUGCCUCCUUCUUCUGGAACCUCUUCUGCCUCCCCCUCAACGUCUUCUUCAAGGGGCGUGGCAUAGGAGCGUGGCUAUCCCGACCCAAAGGGGACAAGCAGAAGGAUGGCAAGUACCCCGUUGCUCAGACCACUGCAAGGGAUAUCGCCAAGACCUAUCACCACAUUGUGCAGCUCUUCUUGACAGCCAAUUUCUCUCUUGGUGUACCGCGAGCCUUCUACAUGGGUAUAUGCAGCAUCAACCACGCUGAGAGAGCUAGAGACGCCAUGAGUCCAACUGAACGAGCAGAGAUCUACGCGACUGUAGGGGUACUCAUCAGGACUAGGUUCUCAAAAUCACUCCAGUGGCUUGCGAGCCUGGUGUUCUAUCGAGUGAGGUACAUCCUGAACCGAUCCAAGAGUCCCACACCUCCUAUUCUGAGUUGGACGCUGGCUGCCUUCUCUCACUACUUCAGGCAGAAUGACAUCGUCCCCACCUCCUGGCAGGGACCAAGCUAUUUCACCUCCAUCACAGAGAAACGCAACCCAUUGGUGGUAGUAUCCCAGCAUCUGAGAGAGCAUAUGAUCCACAACGUCCUCAAAGGUAUCCUGACCCUACGACCAGAUGAUAACCAGGACUCACAGAAGAGCAAGAGAAGUGUGGAUCAAGAUUUCAUGAUGCAGCUCAAUGGACUGAGCAUCUCUCUGGAUGAAGCAUCUACCUUCUAUCAGCAAAAUAUGGAUGUCACUUCAAACUUCCAAGCCAGGAAUGAGUAUGAUCCUGUUGCACUUUGGUGGGUCAAUCUUCUCUUUGUGGCUGCAUACUGGCAGAUUGGAGAGGAAGAGAAGGCUGAGGCAUACAUCAGCUGCAUUGAUUCAUUGCCAGCUGAGCUCCAGAAAGAAAGCUUCCCUCUAGCAGCCCUCCAAGCCUGCAAGGCCCGGCUUGCCCUUCUGUCAGCUGCUCAGAAUGACAUCCCGGAUGAUUGCCUCAGGAUGUCUGACCUAGCAAGCAACAAUCUGGUGCGCAGUAUGGAAGCCGGCUACUCUGGGGAAAACUCUAUCAUGCUUGUCCAGCUCCUGGUUGUUGAUUGGCUCUUGUCGACCCGCUCAGCCGUCUGGCAGCGCCGUCAACAGGGUUCCCCAUCCACCGUACCAGCUACCAAGAACGAACUCUCUGCCUUCCAUCAGGAUCUCACCACCCUCAGAAAGCUGGCCAGUGAGCUUCCCCAUGUCGGGUCAAAGGUCACGCUCUACGAGGCCGUGGGUCGUCUGAUGGCCGGUGCGAACCCCGUCCGAACGCAGGUCCUCCUGGAUCGUAACCUCAGAAAGAGAAACGCUGAUCCCAAACAAAAAGAUUCCGAGAUUGAGAGCAGCACCGCGGAGCAUGACCGCGCCCAGUCCCUUCUCGUGAAGAGCUGCUACCUCUACUCCACCAUGCCCUCUGAUACGCUUGAGCGUAAGAACCUCCUCAACGAUGCGGUCCGCUCGCUGGAGAAGGUGGGCGAUCGUCGCGGCAUGCAGAGCUGUCAACAGAUGCUGCAGUCAUUACAGAAGUCCGGAUCAACGCAGUCCACCAACACUACCGUCACAACAGCAUGUUGUUAGUUUAAGGAGGAGGAGGAGGGUGUAUUGACAUAUACAGUCAAACUUGUCUAUGUCUACUCAAAGGAAACGGAAUAGUGAUCACUGUAGAGAAGUGGUCUUUCUAAACAAGUUCUUCAUUUCACACAUCAGAGAGAGAGAGAGAGAGAGAG